AUUUAAGUAUGGCAUAGGCUGGAUCUUUUCUUGUGGAGUUAGAUUUCCUGGAGAUAGCUUAAGAUAGUAGUUACAUAGUUGAAGGUAGUAGAUUGCUCAAGAUGGCGGAAGAAAAAAUGGCGGAGAUGUUGCAAACUUUGACUGGUGUUUUAAAAGGAUUGAGUGUGCAACAGACUCCACAAUUACCCAAAGUGAAGUUACAGAAAUUCAGGGGUCCACCUAGGUCUCCUGGGGAUCCAUCCCUGAAAGAGUGGUUAGAUGAGUUUGAGGCCUAUAGUAAUUGUUAUAAGUUAAGUGGAAAAUCCAAAGCUCAGGCCUUAGUGGAUCAUUUAGGUGGGAUAGCGAAAGAAGAGAUUCUUUGUAGAGCGGAUUCUGUCAGAGAAGACUAUGACGAGUUGGUUCAGAUUCUUAAAUCCCAAUUUUGUCCUGUAGAAUCCCUUCAGACCCUGAGCGCUAGUUUUCACUCUUGUGUUCAGAAGGAUGGUGAGUCACUGGCGGACUUUAGUAGGAAUUUGAUGAGGUACUAUUCUCGCAUGGAGCAGGCAGCUCCCUCUGAAGAUGAAAAGAAAGCAUUACACGCAUUACGUGAUACUUCUUUGAAGGAAGGCUUUGUAAGGGGUGCCAGAGAGGCAUUGGUGAGGCGAGAAUUACGUAGGAUUGAAUUGGCCAUGAAAAGCAAACCUUUCAUGGACAUGCGUUCAGAGGCAUUGGAUCUCUUUAGAGACCAAGAAUCUAUUCGUAAGAUCGGGGUAAAAGAAGUGAAGAGGGAGGACCCUUUGAUAGGAAUAGUUUCAUUGAACUAA